UCUGGUGAGGAUGGUAUGCCUUCUCUCUUGUGAUGAUUGUGUGUCAUGCCUUCUCUCUGGUGAUGAUGGUGUGCCUUCUCUCUGGGCCAAAUUGGCCUCCCUGUUUGGACUAGACCAGGAAGGCAAUCAGGGAAAUGAGUCCUUCCAGUACACUGCACCGAAGCAGCCGAAAAAGAGCUUCACUUCUGCAGCAGCCACCCAGAAAGCUUCUCUUCCCCCCGGAGCUCUUGCAGUGUUAUUCGCCACAGCAGUCCAGGCCUUCAGAUAUAUUAACGGACAGUAUGUGAAGCAGGGGAAGCUGGGAGCAGCUGUGCUGGGCAACCACUCAACAAAAGAGUACAAGCUGCUUUUGUACUUGAGCCAACAGAAACAAGUGGCGGCGGCCAAGAUUCAUUUGGGCUUUGUUUUCACGGUACAGCCAAACAAUUACUGCACUUUUUAUGAUGAACAGAGGCAGAACUGGUCCCUGAUGUUUGAAUCGGAUAAAGCUUCAUCAGACUUCUGCAAAGAGGUGAGUGACACAGGAGCAGACCUGGGGCCUCAUUUAUAACGCCGU